CCCUAGCACCCCUCCCUAUUCUACAUACCUAUCCUAACAUGGAACACCUUCUCUCCCUAUCUUUUACGGGCCGCUAGUCACGCAACGAGAUCUUCGUAAAAUUGACACCUCAACGGCCGCAAGCUCGAAUUGAAUGGUGCCACGCCAGACACGCGGAAACCUGCGCCCUCGUACCCACAGCCGUGGUUUCUGUCCUGAACCCUCUCCGUGGCAUGGCUACGUGUUUGGGACUCUGCAGCUGUGCGAAACGGCUGACAUGUGCGUGUUGCACUGCGCCCCCUCGCAUGUCGCUUGGAACUUCCCUGUUUCUUGCGUCAACAUCCCAAACCACGGUGCGCCAUCCUAUUGGAAGCAGCACACCUUGUUCCUACUGCGGUUAACCCUACCCUGGGAGUUCUGGAUACAGUCACGUUUGCAAUCCUGGGAGCCUGCCCCACAUCCCUGGGUCCAGCGCGAACGCCACAGUUGGACGAUCUGGACACCAGGUCAGUCUAUGCAGGAGCAUUUGAUUGGGCAGCGCUGGAUCUACUACCAGGAACGAGGCGUCAUCCGCAUCUCCUACCGGGGCGGCCGUCAUGCAUGAGCUGGCGAACUGUGAACGUGCUCUUCUGCUGUGUCGCUCUACCCAGGUUGAUGGUCGUUGGAGAUACUUUCUGUACUGUUUUACUAUGCCCUGGCGACAAGAAGUCUCACAACAAAUGAUCAACUCAUCAGCAACGAACUCAAUCGACUGUC